UCUCUCUUCCGUUCUCAUCUUUCUCCGCCCCAAUUCUUAGGGUUUCCGCUGCGAUGGUCACUGACGUCGCGCACCGUGUGCAGAUCCCGGUUCCGGGAAGGAGCGGCAGCGGCGGCAACUCACCCUACGGGAGCUUCUCCAAACCCGCGUCCAGUAACCGAGCCUCGGGGGAGAGGAGGGUGAAGAGGCUGAGGUUGUCGAAAGCCCUGAUCAUCUCCGAGGGGACGACGGUUUCUGAGGCGUGCCGGAGAUUGGCUGCUCGUAGGGUGGAUGCCGUUCUGCUGACGGAUGCCAAUGAGUUUCUCUCUGGUAUUGUGACCGCUAAGGAUGUAGCGACGAGGGUUGUAGCAGAGGGUUUGGACCCAGAGAAGACGAUCAUUUCAAAGAUUAUGACUAGGAACCCAACGUUCGUCAUGGCAGAUACGCCGGCCAUCGAGGCAUUGCAGAAGAUGAUUCAAGGAAAAUUUAAGCACCUUCCAGUUGUAGAAAACGGUGAGGUUAUUGCCAUGUUGAACAUUGCUAAGUGCCUGUUUGAUGCUAUUUCAAGAAUAGAAAAGGCUAUGGAACAAGGCAAUGCUAUAACAGCUGCACUCAAGGGCUUGAAAGUCAAAUGGAAAGUAAAUUUUCAGUUCCUUAUACAUUCACUGAAGCUCUUCACCAAAAUAUAUGUAAUCCUGUUCUGUCAACUGUCAUCUCAGAGAAUGUGAGGGUUGUGCUAGUAUCUCCUUCAGAUUCUGUCUAUGUUGCCACAAAAAAGAUGCUUGAAUUCCAAGUUUACUCGGUCAUUGUUGCAACCAGAAAUGGGCUUCAAGGGGUUCUAACCUCAAAGGAUGUGGUUAUGUGUGUAGUUGCUCAACAUCUUUCUCCCGAACUGACUCCAUUAGAAAAGGUAUCUUCUGCUGAACUCAUUUUGCAAAGUUCUUUCUUUAGAUGAUCGUAUAGCUCAUGUAUGAGGUAUGAAAUAAAUUCUCUAAGUUGUCUGGAAAAGUCAAAGUAUAGUAUUAAAUUUUGAUUAAGUGACAUUUAACUGUGACUUAAUAUUGAAUUGUGUUCUGUUAACUUUUCUUAUAUGAUAUUUUUAUUGCUUCUGAUUUUGUUCCACAAAAUCUGGAUAUUUACUAACCAUGAGUCAUUUUUGAGAUGCAAUGGUAAUGACUGCAAACACUGAGUGUGCUACAAUGGAGAUGACUAUUCUUGAGGCAUUACAUCUAAUGCGUGACAGUAAUUUUUUAUAUCUUCCAGUGCUAAGCAGAGAAGAUCAUGUUGUUGCUUGUUUGGAUGUUCUUCAAGUAACCAGUGCUGUGAUCCUGAUGUUGAAGGAGAUACUGGAGCUAUAAAUGGCGUGGUAGACAUUGUGAAGCGAAGUUCUGGGAUUCUGCUUCUGCUCUGGAGACAGGAUAUCAGGAAUAUGAUACACAUAGUGAGCUAUCUGCUGUGAUGACAUCAGAGGAUGCAGAGGCCAAGAAUAUGUAUCCUCCUCUCUUUGGAAAUUCAUUUGCCUUCAAGUUUAAAGACCAAAAGGGACAUAUGCAUAGAUUCAAAUGUGGUACGAAGACUCUAGUUGAGCUUGUAUCGGCUGUAACUCAGAGACUUGGGCUUGAUGGUGAUAAAUGCAGAAUUAAACUAUUGACAAUGAAGGAGAUAAAGUUCUACUCUCCUCCGAUGAUGAUCUUGUUGGAGCAAUAAACCAUGCAAAAUUAACUGGAUGGAAGGUUAUAAGGCUGCACAUUGAUGACCCAGGGACCAAUAAGAUAAUUCUAAGUUCAAAGUCAGGUAUUUCCACAAUGCAGAGAAAUGAAUGGACAUCACCUAGAGCUGGAAUUUUAGCAGGAACCAUUGCAGUAACAAGCAUUGGAGUUAUGGUGUAUCUGAAGCGAUCUAAGGUGUGAUUCCCCUCAAGAUUAGAAGAAAUACUCAGAUCAAUAAGUGCAGAAUGCCAGAACCAAGCUCCGGCGGAAAUAUGAACUUUAUUACGAUCACAAUCUCGGACGAAAGAGAUCACAGAUAACUUGAGUUCCACGCAUUUUUCAUGACACCACACUGAAUGUUAAAUCAAUGCAAUUUUAUCGGGUGGAACAAGUCAAAAAAUGUAUAUUGUUCCAGAGUGUUUGGCACAAAUAACUUACAGAAAGUGUAGUUUUUUGGCCUCAGAAUGGAACCAAGUUGCAGGUGCCGUGUCUAUCUAGUUCCUCUUCAUCUCCAAGUUGCUACACUCGGAGAAUACAAGUGUCCUCGUAAAUGAUCAGUACUUUGGGCAAAGUUCAAAGGAUUUGAAGUUCAGCCAUCUUUGCAAGCACAAAUACCAACUUGAGGAGGGUGGGAAAGUUGCCAUAAUAGUGGUCUGUUCGUUGCAGACUGCUGGAUAGAUCUUUUUGGUUCUCAUGCCUUUUAGCUCCAUCUGAUAUAUUUUCAGAAGCCAUUUCAUAGCCAAGACUCACUGGUGCUGAGCUCUCGAUUACAUGGGUGUUUUUAAGCUGGUAUUUAUCCUACACUUGGAAAGUAGACCCCAUUGUUGCUAGUUCAGUUGACUUAGUAUUCUUUUCUCAUUUCUCGUGGGGGGAUUUAACAGAUGCACCUCCAUCCGAAGUAGGAAAACCAAAAUGUGUGUAAUUCUGCGGAUAGUAUCUUUCUGUUUCAGAGCGGCAUGCCGUUGGAUUAGGGAACUCCAAACAAAUGGAGGCAGCUCCCUUCUGUUACAUCUGAGCUUAUUGGUCAUAUAAAUCGUUAAGGGAAAAAAGAAGAGGGAAUGUUCACAAGAAAGUGGGAGGCGCAAGCCGGUACUUGAUGGGGAAAGUUCACAAAGGAUUUGAAGUUCAGCCAUCUUUGCAGCCACAAAUGCCAACAUUAGACGGGUGGGAAAGUUGCCAUAGUGGUCUCUGUUUGAUGGAAACUGCCGGAUGAAUCUUCUUUGGCUUCCUCUGAUAUGGUUUCUGGAGCGAGAUCAAAGCCAAGACUCAUUGGUGUUGACUCGUGGAUCACACGGGAUAAUUGCACCAGUUAAAGGCAACGUCUUUAAGCAGCUUCUGGUAUUCAUCUUACGCUAAGGACAUUAUUAUCUUCUGUGACCUCUGAGGUAUUCAACAGAUGUCCUUCCAUCCAAAGAUCUGUGACAUCCAAGGACAUUAUCUUCUGGUUCAAAGCUGCAGGGAGAUGGAUUGGGGAAUUCCAAACAAAUAGCAUGCAGUUAGCUUUCCGUUACAUCUGAAAUAUUAGUCGUAUGAAAAGUAAAGGGAAUAUAAAGGAUGGAUGGAACCCAAGAACAGCAAGUAACAUCUCAAGAAAGAGGAGGCACAAUUUGUGGAACCUUUUAUUGAGUAUCCUACAGUUUCUGUAGUCAAGUUCAUAUACCUGUAUUCCAGAUGUGUGCAGUAAGUGGCAGUACCAUUUUGAUCUCUCCGCUUGCCAUCAUAUGUAUGGUAUUUCCUUCACUCGGCGGAGUGAGGAGGCGUUAGCAGCCAACAAAUGUAAGCCAUGGGAUGUAACCGAUGUGUCGUGCAUAGCAAUUUUAGUUGGAGGUAAGCAGCGAGAAAGGGGCAAAUUGAUAUCUUAAUUUUCUUGUGAUUUUCCGGCGUAGAAGUAAAAUGUGGAGAGAAAGAAGCUAAAAUGCAUUCUGGUUUUGGGCCAAGUUUUUCAUCAGCUCAGUGGUAGUAUUCACAUUCCAUGGGCUCUGUUAAGACCCAUCCAACUUCAUGCAUGGGCUUAUUAGUUCAAGGCCGAAUAUCUAUCUUGGGCCGACAUCCACUGAGCUCCGUGGGCCAAGAAGGUUUCAACG